CCAACUCUCGCGAGGUGCGCACACGCAACGCUCGCUGCACAAAAACAAAAACAAAACGAAACAAGAAAAAGCUCUCAACACACACGACCAGCAAGAAGCUCUCCGCUCUCUCUCUCUCUCUCGCCAUGUAUCUAGAUACGAAAAACUUGACGGCCUGCAGCACCAACAGCAGCAGCAGCAGCAUCCACACAUCAGCGCUGACAGCGCCAGCAUCAACACCUUUGGGCGUGCCCAAGACGGUGCGACGCAUGCGCAAAGUCUGGCAGCCACUGCGCCGCCUGUUGACAGUGGGUGGCAAGGGCAGGCCUGCGCCCCUGACCCUGGCCCACCCCAACAAUGUGGAUCUCAACAACACACAGCAGCAGCAGCAGCAGCAGCUGCAGCAGAUCGAGCUUAUUCUCGAGGAUGAGAGCAAGUCAACGCCAGAGGAGUCUAUCUACAAGUAUGGGGCGGAGCUGAGGCAGCUGCCCCCCGUCGAGGAUGAGGUGUCACUCACACAGCCCCCCAAUACGCCCACACUCAUCAGCAGCGUCUAUGUGGAGAAGGCCAGCGCACAGAGCUGUGGCGCCUGCCCCCACGGACGCAACUGUCAGCACACAAAUCACAACAGCAACAGCAGCACAACAACUGCAACUUCAACUGCAAGUGCAACUGCCACACAGCUGCCCAGCAAUCUGUGGGAUCUGCAGUUGCCGUUGCAAUACAUUAGCACCGAUAACGGCACCUUCUUCUGGGCCAACACCCAGGAGCGGGUGGACGAUGACCUGCUGCACGCCUUGCUCUGCCAGAGCUUCAGCCAACUGCCCGGCACACUCUGCUAGCUGGAUCUCACAUGCUCAUGCUCCAGCCACCCAGCCCUCCCCAGUACACAGAUCUCACUACCCCCGACCCCCACCCGCCCCCCACAAUUAUUGUAAUUUCAUUUAUUUAUUCUCCUGCGCAAUAUAUACGUUGUUAAUGUGAUACUAAUUUGCAUAUAAAAUAAAAUAUACACUGAAGCCUUUGUAGCAUACAAACGGAAAAGAAUACGAACUAGAAUCCG